GCCGCUGUUUCGACGACACAAAAAUUUCUUGAGCACAGAUUUUCUUGUUACGAAACUCGACUGAUCCCAUUUUCUUUUCCGAGGAACACAAAAGUACUGCUUGCUUGUCGAGCCCUUGUCGUUUGCUAGGAUGGCGUCCACCGAGCGUCAUGAGAAGGACAUGGUACAGCGCGCUAAGUCCGAGCUGUCCAAAGGCGGUGCGUCGCCGCUAACGACACUCAGGAACAAAUGCCUGACUCGCGGCGCGUCAGGUAUCAAGGGUCUGGCCAGGUUGUUCCGUAUCAUGGACGACGAUGGCAACAAACAGAUUGACUUUACAGAGUUCAAGACGGGCAUCGUCCAGUAUGGACUGACAUUCGACGAAACGGAAAUGAGGGAAGUUUUCGAGAAGUGUGACCGUGAUCACAGCGGAACAUUGAAUUUUGAUGAGUUUCUGCGAGGACUAAGGCCUCCCAUGAGCGAGGCCCGCCGAUCGUUGGUGGUCAGAGCCUUUGCCAAGCUGGACAAGACAGGUGAUGGAGUUGUUACUGUGGAGGACCUGAGAGGAGUGUACAACGCCAGGAAGCACCCCAAAUACCAGAAUGGGGAGUGGGACGAGGAUCAAGUCUUUAUAUCCUUCCUGAAGAGCUAUGACUCACCGGAUGAUCCAGACGGCAGGGUUGAGAGAGAGGAGUUCAUGGACUAUUAUUCCGGUGUCAGCUCAUCCAUCGAUAACGAUGCCUACUUUGACCUGAUGAUGCGGACGGCGUGGAAGCUGUAAAGCUAGCGCACCGUGCACCCGCACAGCCGACGACCAUGCACGUGAAGUGUGGCCAAGUGGCAAGAAUCGUUCCAGUGCAAUGCCCAGGCGAGGAGCUUAUGUUUGGCAACAACACAUGAUGGGACCACCAAAAAAAUCCGAUUUCAUUCUUCAACUACCGUGCUCAGUGCAAGCCGGCUUUCAAUCUCACCAACACAUUACGGCUGCUGCUUCUGCUGCUGCUGCUCUCUCCGGUGUACUAACAUGACUGCUACUAUCCAUUUUGCCCUGUACAUGCAUGUCCACUGUACUAGCGGUGGUAUGGGCUCUGUACUACUGUAGGGCUUCCGACCCCCAUUAGAUUUUGUUUACCAAUCAAUGGUGUUCUGUUUCCUUUCGGUCGUCGUUGUUGCUGGUGUGCACUGCUGUCACUGAUCCGUAGAGCCCGGCUGAACACCAUCUGUUGACACGGGUGGUAUGCGUAGACCAAGCACCGUAUACCGUAGGUGCGGCAGCAAAGCUGCAGUGCAGCCAGCUUGCACUCCAUAGAUUUUUCCCUAGACCUUACACGGCCUGUGUUGACGAUGUCAAGCUUGCUGACAGUGCUUUAGUUUGUUUAAAUUUUUUUGCUGAUCAUUCCAUCUUUCCUGGAUGCAUCACUGGCGAGACUAGCAAUGGUAAUCCUAUUAUUUACAGUAGAGGGAUGCACACGAAUUGAGUGCUCCCGUCCUGUUGCCUACGAUGGAUCUCGUUGUUAUUAUUCCGUCACCUGAAUUGUUAUGCAUCUGUUUGACAGCCUUUGAAAUGA